AAAAGCCGAAGCAGACAACGUAUGGGCGCCGUCCGAGAUACUCGGUCCACACGACCGACAGGACAGGCGGUGGCGAAUAUGCCUUCAGGGUAGAGUAAAGUCGACCAGUGGGAAAGACGGCUUCCAUCCCACUACUCGAGUCAGCAGUGCAGCUCGAUUUCUGACCCUUCUCCGGUCCUGAUCUAUAUCAUGUUGCCCAUGUCCCAACAUCGGCCCGUUCAUAUCGCUCGGACUUGUCGCCGUAAUUCCAGGGUCGACCGAGUUGCCAAAGAACUCAAGGGCCAGCGCGAAUGGAGCGAAAAGUGGGCCUUUGUCAACGACCCCAAACUGUAUAUGGGCGAGCAGGCGCCCAGUAACUUUUGCGGGAAGCCCCAGCCCACAAAGUGGUCCGCCUAUAGCAUCAUCAACUCGCCGAGUCGAAACCCGCUGGCAACCCGACCCGUUACGCCCGAAGGCUAUGUCCCUCCGACAUUCAAGGUCCAGCACGAUCCGCAGACUGGCCAGCCCCUGGCGCACACGAAUGCCCCAUACCACCGGCAACGGCCCGAUCCCGCAUCCCAAACCAGCAACAGCUCGGUGCGGGUCACUCCCGCCCACCAAAACGCCCCGUUCUCAACUCACCCGGAGCCGUCCCCAACCCGGAUCUCGAGUCAAAAUCGGGUCCAUAUGUCCUCGUUCAACGCCAGCUUUGGGCGCUCGUAUGUCCGUACCCGGCAAAACCCGCAAGAAUGCUACAAUACCCCCGCCACCACCAACCAGGAGUAUGGUUGGGUCUGGGGCGGCCGAAAGUCCAUGGAGCUCUACGGCUCAACAAGCGCAAACUACGCCAAAGAGAGCUGGAAGCGAGCGGGGUUGGACCACCGAGCCUGAGUAUGCACAAUAUACAUAUGCCUGUCGG